CACAGUGUUGGAUGUCAAUGACUUUGCACCUGUCUUUACUCCUCCUCUUUACUCCAUACACGUCAUGGAGAAUGAGGAGGACCCGUCUCACCUAACACACCAGGUCUCAGCUUUGGAUGAAGAUUUAGGUGUCAACAGCCAACUUACCUACUUCAUACAGAAAGGAAAUAGUGAUGGUUUGCUCUCCAUCACUCCCAGUGGCAUGUUUCAAAUUUUACACAGUCUGGACAGAGAAAGGGAAUCACUGUACUUCGUUACCAUCAUUGCUGUUGAUGCAGGACUGCCACCUUUAACAGGUACUCUAACCAUACAUGUCAUAGUGGAUGAUGUCAACGAUAACCAUCCAGAGUUUACUGAGGAAGUCUACAACACCAUAGUGUCUGAGGACAGUCCUACAGGCACCGUGUUUGCCAUGAUAACUGCAUCUGACAUUGAUGAGGGUGUCAGUGGGGAAAUAAGGUAUUCCAUGGAGAACCUUGAUGUGCCUUUUGCCAUUGAAGAAACAUCUGGAGAGCUUUUUACAACUGAUGUUCUGGACAGGGAGACAGUGGCCAUUUACAGGCUGAUUGUGAUUGGCAGUGAUAAGCAUCCCACUCAGCCUCUGUCAAGCUCAGUGCUUGUUACUGUGCUCAUUGGAGAUAUUAAUGACCACUGGCCCCAGUUCAUGAACAGCCCCUAUGUGGCCUAUGUGCCAACUGAGAUGGCUCCAGGCUCAGUUGUUUGUGCAGUAAGAGCAACAGAUGGAGACACUGAGAUGAACGCAGAGCUACAUUAUGCAUUAUAUGGACAAAGUUCAGAUCUGUUUUCCAUCCAUCCAUACAGCGGCACUGUAUUCUCUUCAAGUGCUCUACGAAGAACGGACGAUAUCAUUGUCAAUGUACACGUGGAAGAUGCUGGAGAAAAUCCUAAAUUUGACAUCACCACCAUCAGCAUCAGGUUUCAGAACAUAUCUGAGUUUCCAGAGAUGAACGUGGAUGUUCUGAGUGAUUCUCUCUCAGAGGACGAACCAGUGGGAACCUUAGUGGCAGUUGUCUCUGCAGCAAGCAUCAGAGCUGAGCCUGUUUCAUUUUAUCUAUCUUCUGGAAACUUUGAAGACAUGUUUCAUGUGGAGCAGCUGACUGGAGCGUUGACAGUGGAGAACCCACUGGAUUAUGAGAACAAAAAGGAGUUUACUUUGCUGAUAGAAGCCAGGGACUCUGGCUCGCCUCCUUUCUCAUCAUUUGCAGAAAUUCACUUAAACAUCAGUGAUGUAAAUGACAACUUCCCCCAGUUCACCCAACUUGAGUACAGGUGUGAGGUUUCUGAGAACUCCCCGCCAUCCUGGGUUUGUGACGUUCUCGCCAUUGACGCUGAUUCAGGCAGUUACGGCAUUGUGCAGUACAACAUAACAGAAGGAGACACUGAUGGUUUUUUCACAAUUGACCCUGAAAAUGGUUUACUGAGCACCACUGUGAGUUUAGACAGAGAAAAUACCCCAGAAUUCAAUUUCACAGUUGAAGCUGCAGAACUGAACGACCCUCUUCAUAAAGACAGAGCAACUGUUAUUGUUGUUGUUUUGGACAGAAAUGACAACUCACCUCGUUUUUCUGAGAUUUUUUUUACAGAGGUACCGGAGGAUUCCCCCAUUGGACAUACAAUUAUUCAAGUUACUGCAACUGAUGAUGAUACUGGUACCAAUGCAGUAAUUAAUUACUCCAUCACUGACCAAAGUGAUAACAUGCCAUUUAUUAUUGACUUCACCACUGGCUACAUCACUGUUGAAAGACUUCUAGACAGGGAGAUGCAGAAUCAUUAUAUCUUGAAGGUAAAUGCAAAUGAUUCAGCGUGGAGCAUCAGCACUGACGUCACUAUAGUCAUUACAGAUGUCAAUGAUAACAGGCCAGUAUUUUCUGAUCAUUUUUACAGCGUGGUCCUCCCUGAGACAAAAUACAAAGAGGUGUUUGUUGUGCAGAUUCUUGCUGCAGAUGCAGACAUAGGACAAAACAGUGAGAUUUUGUAUGUCAUUGAACCACCGAAUGAGGAGUUUUGGGUGAACGCUUCCUCUGGUGAAAUCUAUACGAAGCAGCCACUGAUGUUACAUAACUUGUCUUUUGAAAUCUACCAAUUUACAGUCAUUGCAUUUGAUUGUGGCAGUGUUCCUUUGUACAGUAACACCACUGUCACAGUGAGAUUAGAACCAUAUAACCACUACCCACCCAUUUUCUUGCCUUUCCAGCGUCUGAUUGCUAUCCCCUAUGACAUGGCUGUUGGUACUGAGGUGGCCCAGUUCACAGCAAUAGAUCGGGAUGUUGGCAACAUCAGCGACAGUAUUGAAUAUGUUUUGAAUGGUGGUGAUGCAUCUGAUUUUUUCUGGAUCCAAGCCGACAAUGGAAAAGUAAUGUUGAAUCAAAGUUUGGUGGAGAGUGUAAAUUUGUUUUUCACUUUGUUAGUUGUUGCAAAAGAUCAGGGCUCCCCCUCUUUAUCAUCACAGACUGAAAUCACUUUUGCAAUUACUGGGAGGAAUCAAUUCUCUCCACACUUUAGAGAGCAGGAUGUAAUUUACUCUGUCCCUGAGGACUUGCCGUUAGAUUCAGUAAUUGGGAAAAUUCAAGCAGAAGACAGGGAUUAUGGUCCCAAUGGCGCUAUCAUGUACUGCAUUACCCCAGAAAAUCAAUAUUUAUCGUUCUCUGUAGGAGAAACAUCUGGACUGCUAACACUAGUCAGAGAGCUUGACUUUGAAAAAGAAGCUAUUUAUUAUCUCCAAAUCAAAGCCAUGGAUGGAGGCUGGGUGUCUAAAACUAGCAUGUUAAAUGUUACAGUGGUCAUCAUGGAUGUGAAUGACAAUCCUCCAGUCUUUUCAUCUUCAGAGUUUACCACAUCAGUGCCUGAAAACUCAGAAAUUGGAACACAUGUCCUAGAUGUUAAGGCUGCUGAUGCUGAUUCAGGUGCAAAUGCACAAAUAUCCUACUCACUUAUUGCUGGCCAUGUGGAUAAAUUUGCAGUAGAUUCAAGAAAUGGCACAAUCACCACUUUGGCUGUGUUUGAUUAUGAGCAAGAGCAGAUCUUUGAUGUAACAAUCAAAGCUCUAAACACUGGCAGCCAAACUUUAUUUAGUUUGGCACAUGUUAUCAUCCAAAUCUCAGAUGUCAAUGAGUUUAUGCCGACGUUCAGGAAAAAAGAAUAUAACUUCUCUGUAUUUAAAAAUGUUCCUGUUGGAACUAGGAUUGGAAAAGUUACAGCUACAGAUCAUGACCAAGGUCCUGAAGGUCAGGUGUUUUACCUGAUGUUUGGUCAAAACAAACAUAUGGGCUUUGAAAUCAGCAAACUUUCUGGAGAGAUAUACACAACUGGCAGUUUGAGGAAACAAGGUAACAGUAACGUUGUUUUAAAAGUUCUGGCUAAGAACUCUGGUGUGAUCACUGGCAUGAAUGUAGACGAAGCUGUAGUCCACAUCAGUGUGAUUGACAUGAACGAUGCACCCGUUUUUACCUCUGCACUUUAUUUGGCUAGUGUCCCAGAAGACAGCCAAGCUGGGAUAUCUGUGAUUACUGUGAGUGCUCUGGAUGAGGACUCCAUCUUGGAUUGGAAUCAUUUCUUCUUCAGUAUUGAAAAUGGAAACACAAACUUGUCUUUUGCAGUGGAUCCAUCCAGUGGUGUUAUUUCAGUCAACUCUCUUCUUGACAGAGAACUGUGGCCAGUUUAUAAUCUGACUCUUAUAGCCACUGAUAAUGGCUCUCCACCAGCCACUGGAACCACUAAUGUCAUUGUGACUAUUGAAGAUGUUAAUGAUGAUGCUCCCAAACUCUCAUUCACUGAGGCUCAAGUGAAGGAAAAUCAGCCUCAAGGCACAAUAGUUGCCAGAUUAAAUGCUUCUGAUUCUGAUUUGCCACCAAACCAGGGACCCUUUACUUACUGGUUGGUAAAUUCUUCAACAGAUGGUGCUUUUUCACUGACUCCUGAUGGAGUUUUAUUCACCACACGGACUAUUGAUCGGGAACACAUUUCUGCGUGUCAAGUCCUUGUGGCUGUUAGGGAUGCAGGUGUCCCUCCGCUGUCAUCAACAACAAUGAUCCACAUCAAGAUUGUGGAUGAAAACGAUAACCCUUCUCUGCCUCGAAAUAUCUUCAUCGAGGUGAAAUACUUUGGCAGUUCUUUUCAAGGAGGCAUGAUUGGUAAUGUCCAUCCUGAGGAUCAGGAUGAGUCUGAUUCAUUCAACUGUGCCAUCAAAAAUGGGCAACUAAAUAUGUUUACAAUACCUUAUGGCACAUGUGAGCUGUGGUCGUCUCCUUUUCAAGGCGAGGCUACAUUUAACCUCACUAUCGAAGCUACAGACCAGCUUCACUUUCCAGUCAACAACAGCAUCUAUGUAAACUACAAAGGUUUUACAAAUGCUUCUAUAGACAGCUGCAUAUUAUUCUAUGUGUCAUCAUCCUCAAUGGGAGAGUUUUUGUCCAACAAGUAUUUGCGAUUUGUGAAAGCUCUGGACAGUCUGUUUAACCUACAGGCAUCUAAGACUCAUGUAUUUGGAAUAAAACAUAUUGGCAAUGAUAUCCUUCUGUUGGCUGCAGUUAAAAAUUACAACGGUCAAUAUCUCAGCCGAGAAGUAGCCAGUGGUAUCUCUGCAGGGCAUAAGAAAUUACUGGAAGCUCAGAGCAAUGUGACAAUUUCUCACAUCACAAGUGAUCCAUGUCUCACCAGCCCUUGUCAAAACAGGGCAACAUGCAACAAGGGAAUUUACAUCAGCCAGGAUGUUGCUGUUCUGGAAAGUUCUGCGGUCAUCUUUGUGUCACCACACAAAGAGAUUUUUAAUUGCACCUGUACAGCCGGAUUCAAAGGGAUACUGUGUGAAGAUGACAUUGACGAAUGUGAGGUGAAUCCCUGUGAGAAUGAAGGCACAUGUGUGAAUACCCAAGGAGGUUUCUACUGUCACUGUCAGAGUGGCUUCUCUGGCUCCUUCUGCUCUACUGAUGGAGAUGAAUGCCUAAAGAUGAAGUGCCAAAAUGGAGGAACUUGUGUUCUCACUGUGGAUGGAUAUCGCUGUCACUGUGUGCCUGGAUUUGAAGGAGAAAUAUGUGAGCGGUUCAUAGACCACUGUAGAUCAACCCCCUGUGUUCAGGGCAGCUGCAUCAAUUCACAGACAGGAUUCUCUUGUCAUUGCCCCUUUGGAGUCAGUGGAGUCCACUGCGAGGAGCACAGUUAUGGCUUUGAGGAGCUGUCCUUCAUGGAGUUCCCCCCAUUGGAUCGCAGGACUAAUUUAAUCUCUCUAGAGUUUGCAACGGUGCAGAGGAACUCCCUGCUCCUGUACAACCCUGGAGGAUCGUCCAGCAGGGAAUUCUUUGCACUGGAGAUAUUAGAUGGUGCCAUAAAUCUCUCUUAUGACCUGGGCUCAGGACCUGUGAGGCUGCAGACACAAAAGCAAGUGGCAGAUGGAUAUUUUCACAGUGUCACUGUCAGGAGGAUUGGGAAUAUGGGUUCUCUGCAUGUGGACAAUUGCACAGAUGUUGAAAACAGUGGAUUUUGUUUUUCUCAAAGUGAUGGCAGUAGCUUAAUGAGAACACUAGAUGUUGGCAGUAAUUUGACAUUUGGAGGAACAAAGACUUUUGAAUCUAUUUUACUGCGUCCUGCUCAGAUUAAAACACAUGACUUCAUUGGAUGCAUUCGUAACAUUCAUGUGAAUGGCAUCCUGCUGCGACCUGCAAUGGCCCUUGCAACAUAUAACGUCGUAGAUAGAUGUCCUCGGACAACACCAUCACCAUGUCACAGCAAUCCAUGUAAGAAUGGUGGCAUGUGCCGUGACCGUUGGUCUGACUAUCUUUGCGACUGCAAAAGCCCUUUUACUGGAAGCAACUGCGCUAAAGAAAUGUCAGAGGAGCUUGUGUUGCGAUUUAAUGGCAAUGACUACAUUGAGUAUGUCAUCAAGGAGCGAUUCAAGAGAGACUACCUGCUGAAGGACUUGCUGGAUGAUGAAAAAAAGGGAAACACCAGAGACCAAACAGUGAUUAACAUCAAGUUCAAGACCCAGGAUCAUGGAGUGUUAGUAUUUAUUGUUGGACAGACAGGAUACACAGUGCUGAGGAUAAAAGACAGAAAGCCUGUGUACAUUUCCAAAGAUACACUAUCAGGACACCUGUCAGAGUUGACUGUGGACUCUCCUGUAGCUGACGGGGUCUGGCAUGUCCUCUCCUUGUUCAGCAAUGGACAAAACAUCUUUCUGGUUCUAGAUGGUAAAUCAGUCUUGAACAUCACUGGCCGCAGUAUGGAUCUCACUCCUGUUAGUGUGGAAAAGAUCAUUUUUGGUGCAGCUCUCACAGAUGAUUCAAACCUUCAACAGUCAGGAUUCAUUGGAUGUGUGCAGUAUUUCAACGUGAGCAAUUACACUCUGCCUCUCAGUGGACACAGCACGAUGGUGGACGUCUACCCAAGCACAACUCUGGUCCAGUCGAACUGCAGCUCUCAUGGUGUCUGCCUCCCCUCGCCCUGUUCUGAGGAGAACACCACCAGGAGGCGUUGUGUCUCAGCACACUGUCAAAACCGAUGGAGUGCGUGUGGACCUGCCAUGCAGAACAGAUCCUGUAUCUGUUUGUAUAACAUCUCUGACCACACCUGUGAUGUCUGCAUCUCUACAACAGGGAGCAAUGAUCGAUGCUCUGAGGAGCAGGGCAGCGCUCCUCUGUGGCUAAUAGCUGUGAUUCUUCCUCUAAUCACCAUUUUGGUGAUUAUGAUAAUGUUUGUCGCCCUUUACAGAGUGAGGCAGCAGACUGUGAAGUGUCAGAGUGAUACCUUGCCACAGAAAACAGAACAUGGGACAGACAAUGUAGCGUUCUGCUUUGAUGACACUAGAACACUCACAGAUGCUGCAUCUGCAGAAAAAGAGAAACAUCACGACCCAGUGAGUGCUGAUCAGCAGAGGUUAGGUGGGGAAUUUUACGGUGAUGCCGGUUUGUCAAGCGUUCAGCCGGUGCCUGACAGUGAGCUGGAAUAUUAUGAAAUCGGCAGCAUCUCCAGUGCGCUACAUUCAGACACUGCCUCGCUAAAGCUGAGCUGGCACAAACAUAUGUACAGCACAAAGUGUGUGAAAGCUGAUCCUAAAUGGUGGGGAGAUUUGAGGAUGCUAUUAGCAGGAUUUAAAAAAGAACGCUCCAGUGAGGAGAGGGCAAAAAGUCUUACGAAGCCUCAAGAUGUGGCUCUCCUAAACAAACAGUUGUUGACUAGGAUUGAUGCAGGGCAGACCCAGCAUACACAGCCUUCUUACAAAAGGAGGUUCUUGCAAGCAGACUUCCUGGAACCUGUACAAUGCCUUACUUUUGAAGAGAUUAGUAAACUCAACGAUCCUCAGGAUAAAACAAUGUCACAUCGAGCAUCCCCAAGGUCUGGACCCACCAAGUCCACUAUGAUGACUGGUGCCUCAUCUGACAGUGAAACAGACAGCACAUUCACCUGCUCGGAGUCUGAGUGCGGGCACUUUUCUAUCAGCAGGAAAUGUAUACAUGAUCAGUCAUCCCUGUCAGCAGGCAGCAUCAGACAACAAAGCAACCUGCCUUUCAGCUCAUUUUUGAAGCACACCUGUCACUCUGCUGCAGGUCAGCAUGAAGUUGACAGUGCUCCCUCCAGUAUGUUUGAGCAGUGGGAAAAUAUUUUAAAUAUGCAACUACCUUUUAGCAGCUAUGCUCCCGUCUUUGAAGAUAUAGCAAACCUACCCAAUGACCCCAGUCAUAAUGAUAUGCAGAGUGACAUAGAGGAAAUUAUUUGAUCGUCAUAAUAUAGGUGUUGCUAAUGGGUUAGGUGGAAAAUUCUGUUACUUUAUUAAAAUAACUGUGAUGUAUCAAAACUCAUUAACGAUAAGUAAUGUCAUGAAAAUUCUAAGUUUUAGUUUGGACUUUGACCAAGUUCUAAACAGGCAGUAAAAUGAUGUCUUUGGUGAUGUAGCCUAUUCGAUACAAUGCUGGUUGUCAAUGAAAUUUGCUAUAGCAAAACAUUAUGUUGUACAUGUUGUAAAGAGAGAAGACAAGCUAAUAGGUCCCUGAGAGAUCACUCUGUCAACGUACUGAAUGCAGUGGUCUGAAAUGCUGAAUGUUAAAAUGAAACGCUCUGUUGCACAGGUCUGCCUUGGAUCUUUGUUCUCUUUGAUGCUUCAAAAUCCAAGGGAAAUGAUGGUAAAGGUCCUUGAGUCUCCACUGGUUGCAAAACCUGUUUGUUUUUUUUUAUCAAAUCAAAUAAAUAAAUUAAGUAAUUCUGUAUGCUGAAAUACUAACCAAUAAAUGUAUUUGCAAUAAGAAAAAUAUUGUGAUGGGUUUGCUGACUGUGCCUGUAUCAUGAUGAUGACCACAAGUCAAGUGACAUGGAUAAAACAUGGUGGGACAGUGGAGCAGCAAAGCUAAAGGCUAAAAAAAGCAAAGAUAUCAGAGAUACUGGGGGAGACCAGGUGUGACUGUAACAGUUUUUGUCUCAGCACCUAUAACUUGCUGAAUUCUUGUGUUAUGGCUCUCAAAUUUUGGCGUAAAGUAGUCUUAUUUCUCUAUUACAAAUAACAAUGUUUCCAACUUCUCCAACUGUAUUAAAAAGUUAAUUUACUGAUGUGAAAUGUAAGGAGUUCCAUUGUUACAACCUGCCCCACUACUGGGUUAAGUUGUAACACAACCUGGAGUAAAAAGUAACAAUAUGAGUGAAGUAUAAAAAUUACACAAUUUCAAAAUAUACACAUAAAAUCUGAUACAUACACUGAUAACCAAUUUCUAUGAAGGUCUAACUUGCUAACCUGAGCCUGUCAGAUGCUCAAUACCUCACAUAAAGAGAGUCCAAUAUACAUGUGUGCUUGCCUGGUCACUGGACUGAGCAGUAAUCAGUAAAGACAUCCUCUUGCUGCUCUUUGGCUUUGUGACUGCUGUGAUAGCCCACACAGGGCUACUGUAUUGUUUCAUCCUGUUCUCACUCCCAACUCGUCAACUACCAGCCCUUUGUCAGUGAUUUUGGUGUCAGAUAUCAAUGCACAGAGGUGCCUUAUGCUGUGGUCUGAUACACACCAGGUGGCAGCUAUUUCUGAGGCAGCAGGCAACAAAUACUGAAGUUUUGUCAGUGGGUGUCAGCGUCAGACACCGACACUGAGACACUCUUCACAGCAGUAUGAUGUGCACUGGGCACCAGCUAUUUUUGAUGUCACUGGAAACCAUUCUAAAUCUAUUUACCAUUGCUUUCUCCUGAAAUAUGUUUUUGAUUGAUGGUUGUUUUAUCUUGUCCUUGCCUGCAGUUUUGACUGAAUUUUAUUUCAUCUUUUGU